UUGGAUCUCGCAAUUUGCCGUUGUCAGCUAAAUCUUGUUUGAGAUGACAUGAUUGUUGUCGGUCGCUUGGUACUACUUCAUCGUGAAAAGAAAUGCCUAAUCGGUCCUUCUACUCGGUGCUAUAUUUAUUUCCGUCUCCACAUCUACUGCCUCGGUAUGUCGUAUCUCUCGAUUGUCCCUCAAAGUCAAACUCAAUACCCUAUGGUGUCUCCUUCCUUUCAUCCCUAUUUUCAUUGAUUAAUGAGUACCUUUUGUCAAGAUAUUAAAUGUACUUAAAACACGACGAAAAUCAAAGUUCUGAGUCAAAUAAAUUUUUGCACAUGACGCAACUAGUAUCAACUUGACCACCUUUACCUUCCUUAUUCGCUUUGCGUCCAAUGAGAAGAAAAUCAAAAUUCAAGAAAAUCAAAAAUAAUCAUAGAAGAUUGAUCCUGUACCAGGAACAACAUUUAUGUAGGUAGAAUUCAUUGUCACUCAUCUUCACCAAGAGAAAAACUCAACUCCAAAGAAAGAUGUCAUCCCUCUCUCCUCAGCGGAGCAGCGCUGAAAGCUCCAUGAAUCGUACCAGAAGGUCUAUGUACGUCCAAUCGCCGGAGAAUAUGGCCUGUGUGGUGUCGAGACAAUCCGGUCUGCGAGCAAAUGUUGGGACAUUUUUAUGAGACAGCAAGCAACAAGUGUGUCUGAACCUGAAGUACUGGAUGCAAUCAAGAACAGGACGUACUGUGAUUCGAAAAACUGAAAUAACGACCGCGUUACUGACUGAAAUAAGGGGCAUUAUAGCUUAACAGCAAGGCUACUCUUCCUUCUCGUCAGCCUCUCGGUUAUUCUCGUCUGUUACUCGCUUACUUCAGUUUAUCGAUCGAGUUACAGUCUUAGAAGAUGUAGAUGAGUCUUUACUUAUCCAGCAACAAUCGUGUAUGAAAAGUAGGUCCCUCCGUUUUCCAGUUUUCUUGUCUAACCUUCGGUGGUCAAUCGCGCUUCGGCAAACGCCUCAUGGGAGGAACAGGCAACGAUUCGCCAUGGGGCAACAAUUUUUUCAAGGCUAGUCCCUUCUGGAGAGAAGAACCUGGAAAAAAGGCAGUCAUGGGGCAAGGCCAAAGACCUAGCUAUGUACUAUGAUUUCUUGUUUGUUUGAUGUGAAGAUUGUGUCCUCUCUACCACUGCCAGGCACUUGAUGUCUACCUCCUGAUUCUAGUGGUCUAAUAUCACCAAAAAUCCAGGUACGAGGAAAGCCAAAUCUUGGUCCAGGCACCUAUACGCCGCUUACAUCAACAGCAAAGCCAGCGAGCAGUUUAGACGGAAAGAAGUAUUUUUCAUGUCUCUAGGUGCUGUAGCCAGCAGGUGACAAGAAGAAACCGCAUCGCAAUUAUGGACAAACAACUAUGAUGUGUGAUCCUGCGAAUGACAAUACCACAACCCAUCAACAAAAUUUCUUCAUCCCCACGCCAGGUAUUGCAAGAUGACAAUAAAGAACAAGACAAAGGUCACAGUAGGUGCAGUAAAUCCACACGAAGAAGCAAGAAAACCGGGACCAGGCACUUAUACCAUAGGAAGCCACAUAAACGGACACUACGUCACUAGAAACGGCAAAAUAAAUUGGAGCGGACCGCCUGCGUACUAUUUGAUACUUAUAAAUACCAUAGACUUAGUGCUUGAUUCUCGUCCCACCGACAGUUUCGGAAUACUGAUCAGGGCGGAAAUCCAUUCCGAUCUUAGUGCUUGAUACAACCUAGUAGAUGGCGACCAUUUGGAAUUGGAUGCGAGAAGAGAGACGCUAGUGUUGGUGCUAACGUGUUCAACGUGCUCAUCAAGUUCAGGAUCAUGCGGCUUCUAGAGCAACUUUUUAUACAUACAUUUUUCAUCAAUCAAUCUCUGCAAGAAUUACGAUUACGAUUGUUGCAGUUUUGUUCAACAUUGCUGUUGGUUUUACGUCACACCCUCAACAUGAUUUCCACCUUGUUCUCCCGGACGAGGACACCAUCUGACGACCAUAGUAGACCACACACCAAAUGACGCACAUUUGACAGUCCAAAUGACAUCAAUUUAACAGUCCCAAGAUGGGCCUCGCGUUGAAGGAAGUCUCCACCGACGAUGGGGAUUGCAUGUACAACGUGUCGCAGGAUCUAGGUGCUGGAAAACUGAUGUACUUCAAGGACGCCAAAAAGAGUUCCACCUUCGGGUUUGCUGCGGGAAAGCCAGAAGCCGUAACUCAGAGUCCUGAUGGAGACCUUUACUACAGUCAUGUGAAGAUGGUGGCUGACUACACAAAGGUGGGACGGGCAGCAGGAUUGGGAUUCGGAAAUAGACCGAUGUUGGCGUAUAAUAUUUAGAAUUCCUUGUAUAUCGAUCUUCUGAAGGUUAGUCGCAAUCGGAAAAUGAUCAUGAUGAUGAUUCCAUUUUAUGCUUAUAUCCCAAAAAUGAAAACUUACCUCUACUACAUCUUUUUUAACCGUCUUCCAUCCACGACCUCUCCUCCACACCUUCAACAACUCAGUGACGAGCAGACGACCGCUGGUCCUGGUAGUUAUUUCCCAGUUGCUUCGACUGCCAAGACGACAUCGCCUCUCGAUGGCUUUUCUAUGAGGAACUUGUCGCCAAUCACGCAAUUUGGCAAAACCUCCAGUCUCAAGAUGCGGUCGAUGACAUCAGUGUCGCCGCAACACUGA